AUGAUAAAGUCCCCAGGUUCUGCAACUUCUGUGCGGUCGUUUGGUGGAAAUACCGCUGAAACCCCUAAACAAAAUUCUAUAAAAAAAAUUAGACCACAAUCUCAUAUUGUUAAUGAUCAAUCUUCAAACGAUAAUUAUUCCGCCUUUGGUCCAAAUGCCCCUUCUGGUAUUAGAUCACCAUCUGGCUUAAGAAGUUCUACAAUUACUCGUAUUGGUAGUCGUCAGAGUUCUGAUAGUCUAUCCUCAUACGACGAUUACAUUAUAUUUACUCCUCCAGAAUCUCCUACAAAUGCUUCAGAGACUGAUUCUCUUACUUCCUUAACAAGUUCCGUUUCAUAUGGUUCUUCACCUGGUAGAGGAACUUCUCCAAUACCUCCUGCAUCAGUAAUUACUUCUCCAACUAGAAUUUCAUCAAAGUCAAGCAACCGAACAUCAAUGAUUACUCCUCCAUCUGGCAUAAGUAAACUUACUUAUACUAGAACUACCCCUUUAAAACCUACAACUCCUGGCAGUCAAGCAGCAUCAGGGGUUACUGGGUUGAGACCACCAAGCAAUAUCAGGAUGUAA